AUUUUCUCUCUCCUAAUCGGUUCAUCACUCUUCCAUCAUCUCUCUCCUUUUAGCAAUUCAUUUUAAAGAAACACAGUGUACUGAUUUUUGGACACCUUCCGCAAUAAAUAUCCUUAUUUUCUCAGAAAAGGGACUGAAAAUCGAGGAAACGGUCGGGACAAGGGUUGGAACCUGGAAGAGGAAGAGAUGGGAGAGCGAGAGAGGGUAAUGGAAGUGGUGGAACAACAACAACAACAACCGGAAGAACAAGAACAAGAACCAGAAACAAGCGAAACAUCAUCGUCAACAUCAUCAACAACAACAUGGAAACAAAACCUGACAAUGCAGUUAUUAUCCGACAAACUAACCAACGGAAACCUUAACUCUAAGAUUGAAGCUGCAAGAGAAAUCAGAAGAAUGGUUCGUAAAUCUUCCAAAACAAGGUCCAAAUUCGCCGCUGUUGGGGUCAUUCAACCGCUUAUUUUUAUGUUAUCUUCUUCCAAUCUUGAUGCUCGUCAGUCUUCUCUGCUUGCUCUUCUCAACCUUGCUGUUCGGAAUGAAAGAAACAAGGUUCAAAUAGUGACAGCUGGUGCAGUGCCUCCUCUGGUGGAGCUUCUCAAGAUGCAAAAUAACGGUAUACGAGAAUUGGCUACAGCCGCAAUCUUGACACUCUCGUCUGCUGCAUCCAACAAGUCGAUUAUUGCUGCUUCCGGAGCUGCUCCUCUCCUUGUUCAGAUUCUCAAAUCCGGAAGUGUUCAAAGCAAAGUUGAUUCUGUUACAACCCUCCAUAAUCUCUCCAUCAGUAUCGAAAAUUCCAUCGAACUUCUCGACGCUAGUGCCGUUUCCCCUCUUAUCAACCUCCUUAAAGACUGUAAAAAGUAUUCAAAGUUUGCAGAAAAAGCAUCAUCACUACUUGAAAUCCUUUCCAAUUCUGAAGAAGGACGAACCGCAAUCUCACUUGCACACGGUGGAAUUUUAACCAUUGUAGAGACAGUCGAAGACGGAUCACUUGUCAGCACAGAGCACGCCGUUGGAGCAUUGCUAUCAUUAUGUCUAAGCAACCGGGAUAAAUAUCGGGAACUAAUUCUUAGAGAAGGAGCAAUUCCAGGCCUGUUACGGCUAACAGUAGAGGGCACAGUCAAAGCUCAAGAUAAAGCACGCACACUUCUAGAUUUGCUUCGAGAUUCUCCUGAAGAAAAAAGACUAGACACGUCGGUUUUGGAGAAAAUUGUUUACGACAUUGCUGAACGGCUAGAUAGAGUAGAUAAAGCUGGUGAAACAUCCAAAUGAUUGUUGCAAGAUAUGGUACAAUUGAGAUUCAACUUGUAUAUAUAUGUGGUUUUUGUCUCUGUUUUUUCUUUGGGUCAGUUAGUGUUAUAGCAAGAUAACAACCAUUGAAAGUGUGUCUAAUGAUGUUUUACCAAUCUAACUUGAAGUUGAUCUGUUGAUUUAUUGACCUCAUAAUUACACUGUAUAUCUCAGCCAGGAUAGUGCACAUAUGAAAAGAAUAUGAGGUAUUGUAGUUGCAUUUGCUAA